UAUGAGAAUUGAAAAGUGUUAUUUUUGCUCUGGUCCCAUUUACCCAGGUCAUGGAAUAGUAUUUGUUAGAAAUGAUAGCAAAGUAUUCUUCAUUUGAAUAAUAUAUAGAUGUUUCGAUUUUGUAGAUCUAAAUGCCAUAGACACUUUAAAGCUUAACACAACCCAAGAAAAACAAGAUGGACUAAGGCUUUUAGAAAAGCAGCUGGAAAAGAGAUGACUAAUGAUAGUAUCUUUGAAUUUGAGCAAAAGAGAAAUGAACCCUUAAAAUAUAACAGAGAUUUAUAUAUCAAUACUGUUUAAGCCAUGAAAAAAAUAGAUAAAAUCAGAUUAAAAAGAGAAAACAAUUUUUGGAAAAAUAGGUAUAUUUUAUAGUAAUUUUUGCAGAUUAAGAGCAUAAAGGAAAUAGAAUCUAGAUAAUGUGGAGACAGAAUUGGCAAAGAAUAUAAAUUUAGUAUCAGAUAAGUCAGUUAAAGAAAUAAUAAAAUAAAAAGCCAUAGAAAAAGCUUAACUUAAGGCAUAAAAGUAAAAGAGACAUUAAAAGAAAGACAUGGUAGAAGAGGAAGCUUGAA